GAGAAAGGAGAAGCGAUGGAAGAGGAGGCCUGGGGAGUUACAGCGAACCCGAUAAAGGCCUGGGCCGGGCCGGGACCUCCCACCCCACGUCGCUGUCGCUGGACUGAUCCAGAGUGCCCCUUCGGCCCAGCCAUGAGGCUCAUCCUGUGGCUCCCAGUUUUGGUGGUGGUUCUGUUGCUGGUUCUGGAAGGUCCAGCCCCGGCCCAGGGGGCCCCAGAUAUUGCCAGCACCUUCAAGAACAUUCCGGAUUCGCUGAAGGAGUUUGGAAACACCCUGAAGGAUGCCUUCAAGAGCAUUCCUGAGGCGACUGGGAAAUUUAUGUCCUCCAUUGUUGGCAAAUUGGGGGAGGGUCUCAAAAGUUUAAGAAAUCUCCAGAGCUGAAUACUAGGAGAGCGGCCUCCCUCCUCUGGGCUGUGCCCCGAGAAGCGGCUCCGAAAUUUCCCAUACCCAGGCUCCUGGCUCGAUGUCCAUCUCCACCCCCACCCUCCAAUAAAAAUACCGUAGAAAAUUC